GCGACUUGGACAAAAGCUUACAGUUACCAGUUCACCUCGUUCGACACAUUCGGCAAUCGAUUGAUGUACACCAAGGGCGUGGUGCACUCGCUGACGGCGAAUGCGUUCUGGGGUUUGGCUCCGAUCUUUUGGAAGCAGCUGACCAUGGUGCCGUCUGUGCAGAUGCUAGCCCAUCGCAUUGUGUGGUCGUUGCUGCUGCUGGUCGCGAUUUUGGUGGCGACUGGGCAAUGGCCCGAGUUCCGCGCGACGGCGUUUCAACGGCCAGCGUUGGUCACAUACUCGUUCUCUGGGGUACUCAUGGGAGUGAACUUGUUUCUGAGCGUUUGGUCGGUUGUCAACGGGUACAUCGUCGAAAUGAGCUUGGGGUACUUCAUUAGUCCGCUCGUGAACGUCGUGCUGGGCGUGGUGUUCCUGCGCGAGCGACUGCGGGUGUGGCAAACUAUAUCGGUGGGCAUGGCCUUUGCCGGAGUGUUGGUCGUGGCCAUCGCGUACGGUGAGUUUCCGUGGCUAGCACUCACGUUAAGCUCGACGUUUGGGCUGUACGGCCUGGUCAAGAAGAAGGCGCCGCUGCCGGCGUUGCAUGGCAUCGCUAUGGAACUCGGCAUCUUCUUUCUGCCGUCGGUCAUGUACCUAGUGGUGGAAGAGUUUCGUCAUGAAGCGGUCUUCCUGUACAGUGACUGGCAUGUCGCUGUGCUCAUCGUCGCCUCGGCGUUCAUCACAGUCGUGCCAUCGAUCUUUUACUCGUCCGCCGCCCAGUUGAUUCCGCUGACAUUGCUGGGCAUUUUGCAGUACAUUGCACCGAGUUUGCAGUUUCUUGUGGGCGUGAUACUGUACGACGAAGACUUUACCAUGUUCAAACUGGUCGGGUUUGUCUGUGUCUGGACUGGCCUAGUCGUGUUCACCGUUGAAAGCGUGUACAUGCAGCGCCAGACGAAACCACCAAGUAAUGGUGACAACGAUACCGACAGGAUGCCCGUCCUCACGACGACACACGCCGCUGCUGGUAACAUUACUCUGGACACAUCAAUUCAACGUCAUGAUCAUCCGAGUCAUAUAUCUCAAGAAGGCGACUUGUAUCAGCCCUGUGCGACUUCCAAGGCGGCGGCGUGAGAACUCACGUAGAGAAGUUUAUGGGGCGACUUCAACGCUAAAACGUGGUGCUUUACUCCGGAGUAGUAAGUAUUACACUGUCAAAUCAGGCAAAAUAAUACGAACAGCGGUUUUUAUCGCA